UCUCUCUCUCUCUCUCUCUCUCUCUCUCUCUCUCUCUCUGUAAGGAAGAAAAUAGAAAUGUCGAAAUCUCCAGAGGAAGAACACCCUCAAAAGGCAUUUGGGUGGGCUGCAAGAGACACUUCUGGAGUCCUCUCCCCUUUCAAAUUCUCUAGAAGGGCGAACGGCGAGGAUGAUGUCACGCUCAAGGUACUCUACUGCGGAAUCUGCCAUACCGAUCUUCACGCCGUUAAGAACGAGUGGGGAAAUUCCGUCUACCCCUUGCUCCCAGGGCACGAGAUCGUCGGUGUAGUGACCCAAGUGGGGCCUAAUGUAUCAAAAUUCAAGGUUGGAGACAAGGCAGGCGUCGGGUUCUUGUCUGAAUCAUGCAAAUCAUGCUCCACUUGCCAUCAAGGCUGGGAAAAUUACUGUCCCAAGAUGAUGUCCAUCUAUAAUUCCACAUACCACGAUGGCACUAUGACGUAUGGUGGAUACUCUGAUAUGCUGGUGGUCAAUCAGAACUUUGCAAUCUGCUUCCCAGAGAACUUGCCACUUGAUAGCGGCGCACCACUACUGUGUGCCGGUAUUACUGUGUAUAGCCCAAUGAGGUAUUUCGGGCUCAGUGAACCAGGCAUGCAUCUAGGAGUGGUUGGACUCGGUGGGCUCGGUCAUGUUGCAAUUAAGUUUGGCAAGGCCUUUGGGAUGAAGGUUACUGUAAUCAGUACAUCUCCCAGCAAGGAGAAGGAAGCUAUCGAACGACUCGGUGCUGACUCAUUCCUGGUCAGCCGUAAUCCGGCACAGAUGGAGGCUGCCAUGGGCACCAUGGAUGGUAUCAUCGAUACGGUCUCCGCUGUCCACCCGAUCCUGCCAUUGAUAGGCCUGCUGAAGACUAAUGGGAAGCUGGUUAUGGUGGGUGCACCAGAGAAGCCUCUUGAGCUACCGGUAUUCCCACUGCUUUUCGGUAGGAAGACCGUGGCCGGAAGUGUCAUUGGAGGAAUCAAAGAGACCCAAGAGAUGAUUGACUUUGCCGCCAAGCACAACAUCACAGCGGACAUUGAAGUUAUUCAGAUGGACUAUGUGAACACAGCCAUGGAGCGGCUUGCGAAGGCGGACGUACGAUACCGGUUCGUCAUCGAUGUGGGGAAUACCUUGAAAUCUCCGUGAACCGCUGAUUUGAAUCAGCAUCCAUGUCGCCCAACAGUCAUAUAGUUUUUAGGGUGCUAUGUUUUCGUUGGUUUGAGUCAGAAUCUACGUUGUCCACAUAGUCAUGUGUUUGGCCACUUGUUUUUUGUUGCUACAUAUGCCCGGCUUCUUGCUAGGUACACGACCCUUUUUUCCUUAGGUUUUCAUUGCUAUUAAAGGCUACAUGAGUAUCACAUUCUAUUGGUAUCUUUCAAUAAUUUUGGUUUGUAGGGGUCAACAUGGCUGCAAGGUAAUAUAAAUCAAACAAGGGAAACAAUGAUUUAAUACAUGGGGAUUAGUCGAAGAA